UCCGCCGCCUGCCUCCUGCCCUCCCUCCUCAUCUCCUCUCCCCGCUCCCCGGGAGGCAUCACUCCGUCCCGGCCGGAGGAAGAGCCCCUCGCGGGCGGGCGGCCAUCACAGCCCCGCGCCCCGCGUCCCGCCGCUCCGUCCCCGCGCCCCGAGCGCGCGCCGCGGGAUGGGGCCCCGCCGGCCGGGCCCCGCGCCCGGGCCGCGCCACCUGCUGCGCUGCGUCCUGCUCCUCGGGGGCCUGCCCCUGGGCCGCCCCGCGCCCCCCGGGGACGCCGCCGCCGCCCCCCCGGAACCCAACGUCUUCCUCAUCUUCAGCUACGGCCUGGAGGGCUGCCUGGAGGCCCAGGGCGGGCAGGUCCGGGUCUCCCCGCGCUGCAGCAGCAGCCUGCCCGCCCAGCGCUGGAAGUGGGUCUCCCGGAACCGGCUCUUCAACCUGGGCACCAUGCAGUGCCUGGGCACAGGCUGGCCGGGCACCAACACCACGGCCUCCCUGGGCAUGUACGAGUGUGACCGGGAGGCGAUGAACCUCCGCUGGCACUGCCGCACGCUGGGCGACCAGCUGAACCUGCUCCUGGGGGGCCGAGCGGGCAACGCGUCCAAGGCGGGCACUGCCGACCGCGGCGACCAGGCCCGCAGCGGCCAGUGGUCCAUCUACGGCAGCGAGGAGGAUCUGUGUGCCCGGCCCUACUACGAGGUCUACACCAUCCAGGGCAACUCCCACGGCAAGCCCUGCACCAUCCCCUUCAAGUACGACAACCAGUGGUUCCACGGCUGCACCAGCACGGGCCGCGAGGACGGGCACCUGUGGUGUGCCACCACCCAGGACUACGGCAAGGACGAGCGCUGGGGCUUCUGCCCCAUCAAGAGUAAUGACUGUGAGACCUUCUGGGACAAGGACCAGCUGACCGACAGCUGCUACCAGUUCAACUUCCAGUCCACGCUGUCAUGGAGGGAGGCCUGGGCCAGCUGCGAGCAGCAAGGGGCGGACCUGCUGAGCAUCACCGAGAUCCACGAGCAGACCUACAUCAACGGGCUCCUCACCGGCUACAGUUCCACACUGUGGAUCGGCCUUAACGAUCUGGACACCAGUGGAGGCUGGCAGUGGUCGGACAACUCGCCCCUCAAGUACCUCAACUGGGAGAGUGAUCAGCCGGACAACCCGAGCGAGGAGAACUGUGGAGUCAUCCGCACGGAGUCCUCCGGGGGCUGGCAGAACCGCGACUGCAGCAUCGCACUGCCCUACGUGUGCAAGAAGAAGCUCAACGCCCCGGCCCAGCCCGAGCCUCCCGACGUGUGGGCCAACGUGAGGGUGGAGUGCGAGCCCAGCUGGCAGCCCUUCCAGGGCCACUGCUACCGCCUGCAGGCUGAGAAGCGCAGCUGGCAGGACUCCAAGAAGGCGUGCCUGCGGGGCGGCGGCGACCUGCUCAGCAUCCACAGCAUGGCCGAGCUGGAGUUCAUCACCAAGCAGAUCAAGCAAGAGGUGGAGGAGCUGUGGAUCGGCCUCAACGACUUGAAGCUGCAGAUGAACUUUGAGUGGUCGGACGGGAGCCUCGUGAGCUUCACCCACUGGCACCCCUUCGAGCCCAACAACUUCCGGGACAGCCUGGAGGACUGCGUCACCAUUUGGGGGCCGGAAGGCCGCUGGAAUGACAGUCCCUGUAACCAGUCCCUGCCGUCCAUCUGCAAGAAGGCGGGCCAGCUGAGCCAGGAGACCACCGAGGAGGACCACGGCUGCCGGAAGGGUUGGAAGUGGCACAGCCCAUCCUGCUACUGGCUGGGAGAGGACCAGGUGACCUACAGCGAGGCCCGGCGCCUGUGCACGGACCAGGGCGCCCAGCUGGUCACCAUCACCAACAGGUUCGAGCAGGCCUUUGUCAGCAGCCUCAUCUACAACUGGGACGGUGAGUACUUCUGGACGGCCCUGCAGGACCUCAACGGCACCGGCUCCUUCCGCUGGCUCAGCGGCGACGAGGUCAUGUACACCCACUGGAACCGGGACCAGCCUGGGUACAGCCGCGGGGGCUGCGUGGCCCUGGCCACGGGCAGCGCCAUGGGGCUGUGGGAGGUGAAGAACUGCACCAUGUUCUGGGCUCGCUACAUCUGCCGGCAGAGCCUGGGCACACCCGUGACGCCCGAGCUGCCGGGGCCAGACCCCACGCCCAGCCUCACUGGCUCCUGUCCCCAGGGCUGGGCCUCCGACCCCAAACUGCGGCACUGCUAUAAGGUGUUCAGCUCAGAGCGGCUGCAGGACAAGAAGCGAUGGGUCCAGGCCCAGGCCGCCUGCCAGGAGCUGGGGGCCCAGCUGCUGAGCCUGGCCAGCUAUGAGGAGGAGCACUUUGUGGCCAACAUGCUCAACAAGAUCUUCGGUGAGUCUGAGCCCGAGAUCCACGAGCAGCACUGGUUCUGGAUUGGCCUGAACCGUCGGGACCCCAGUGGGGGCCAGAGCUGGCGCUGGAGCGAUGGCCUUGGGUUCUCUUACCACAAUUUCGACCGGAGCCGGCACGACGAUGACGACAUCCGGGGCUGUGCGGUGCUCGACCUGGCCUCCCUGCAGUGGGUGGCCCUGCAGUGCGAGACGCAGCUGGACUGGAUCUGCAAGAUCCCCCGAGGCUCCGAAGUGCGGGAGCCUGACGGCAGCCCCCAAGGCCGGCGGGAGUGGCUGCGCUUCCAGGAGGCCGAGUACAAGUUCUUCGAGCACCACUCCACGUGGACGCAGGCUCAGCGCAUCUGCACGUGGUUCCGCGCCGAGCUGGCCUCCGUGCACAGCCAGGCCGAGCUGGACUUCCUGGGCCUCAACCUGCAGAAGUUCUCCCGGGGCCAGGAGCAGCACUGGUGGAUCGGCCUGCACACCUCGGAGAGCGACGGGCGCUUCAGGUGGACAGAUGGUUCCGUUAUAAACUUCAUCUCCUGGGCACCUGGCAAGCCUCGGCCCAUCGGCAAGGAGAAGAAGUGUGUGUACAUGACUGCCAGCCGAGAGGACUGGGGGGACCAGCGGUGCCUGACAGCCUUGCCCUACGUCUGCAAACGCAGCAACAAAACCAGAGAGACACAGCCCCUCGACCAGCCGCCCGCCGUCCGGGGGGGCUGCCCCUCUGGCUGGAGCCAGUUCCUCAACAAGUGUUUCCGGAUCCAGGGCCGGGACCCCCAGGACCGGGUGAAGUGGUCAGAGGCGCAGUUCUCCUGCGAACAGCAAGAGGCCCAGCUGCUCACCAUCGCAAACCCCUUAGAGCAAGCCUUCAUCACAGCCAGCCUGUUCAAUGUGACUUUUGACCUUUGGAUCGGCCUCCAUGCCUCGCAGAAGGACUUCCAGUGGGUGGAGCAGGAGCCUCUCCUGUAUGCCAACUGGGCACCGGGGGAGCCCUCCGGCCCCAACCCCGCUCCCAGUGGCAACAUACCGACCAGCUGUGCGGUGGUGCUGCACAGCCCCUCCUCCCACUUCACCGGCCGCUGGGACGACCGGAGCUGCGCGGAGGAGACGCACGGCUUCCUCUGCCAGAAGGACACAGACCCCUUGCUGAGCCCAUCCCCAGCGGCAUCACCCCCCGCCCCGGGCACUGAGCUCUCCUACCUCAACGGCACCUUCCGGCUGCUGCAGAAGCCGCUGAGCUGGCACAGUGCCCUCCUGCUGUGCGAGAGCUACAACACCAGCCUGGCCCACGUGCUCGACCCCUACACCCAGGCCUUCCUCACGCAGGCCGCCCGCGGGCUGCGCACGCCACUCUGGAUCGGGCUGGCCAGCGAAGAGGGCUCCCGGCGGUACUCCUGGCUCUCGGAGGAGCCCUUGAGCUACGUGGGCUGGCAGGACAGGGAGCCCCAACACAUAGGGGGCUGCGCCUACGUGGAUGUGGAUGGGGCCUGGCACACGACCAGCUGCGAAACCAAGCUGCAGGGGGCGGUGUGCGGAGUUCUCGGUGGGCCUCCUCCCCGAAGGAUACACUACCACGGCAGCUGUCCCCAGGACCUGGCCGAGUCCUCGUGGAUCCCCUUCCGGGAGCACUGCUACUCCUUCCACUUGGAGCUGAAGCUGGGCCACAAGGAGGCGCUGCAGCGCUGCCAGCGAGUGGGUGGGACGGUCCUGUCCAUCCGGGACGAGAUGGAGAACGUGUUUGUCUGGGAGCACCUGCAGAACUCUGAGGACCAGACGCGGGGCGCCUGGCUAGGCAUGAACUUCAACCCCAAAGGGGGCACCCUGGUCUGGCAGGACAACACGGUUGUGAACUAUUCCAACUGGGGGCCCCCUGGCCUGGGCCCCAGCAUGCUGAGCCACAACAGCUGCUACUGGAUCCAGAGCAGCAGCGGGCAGUGGCGGCCUGGCGCCUGCACCAACGUCACCAUGGGUGUCGUCUGCAAGCUCCCUCGAGCCCAGGAGAGCAGCUUCGCCCCGUCAGCAGCGCUCCCCGAGAACCCGGCGGCCCUGGUGGUGGUGCUGAUGGCCGUGCUGCUGCUCCUGGCCCUGGGGGCCGCGGCCGUGAUCCUCUCCCGGCGGCGGCAGAGCGUGGAGCGCGGGGCCUUCGAGGGCGCCCGCUACAGCCGCAGCAGCGCCUCGGGCCCCGGCGAGGCCACCGAGAAGAACAUCCUGGUGUCUGACAUGGAGAUGAACGAGCAGCAGGAGUAGAGCCCAGGGUGUGGGCGGGCCCCGGGCAGGAGGCGCUGGGUCCGCCCGGCCGCCCCCCGCCGGCUUCCCCGGGCCGAUGGCCUGUGGAGGGAUGUGCUUGGGGGCUGCCGUUGGGGGCCGGGGCUGGGCAGAGCCUGGGCUGGUGGGCUCCCUCCCUCCCGUGAGGGCCGGGCUGAGACCUGGCUGAGUGCACGUGGUAUCUCCCUGUUUUGGGGUCCUAAGGGCUAACGUCUUAUCACCUGGGCUUGUGCCUCCAUGGUAACCAGAGGCAGGAUGGAAGCCUCUUUAUUCCCAGUUUCCCCCCCUCCACCCCCCCCCACCCCGCUGGGCCUGCUGACCAAGCCCCAGAACCCUCGCCUUGCAGAGCCUGAGCAGCCUCCGCUGACCCCUCAGCCAGCCUCUGUCGCUUCUUCCCUUCCCACCUGGCAGCCUCAGCUCUGAGCCCCUUGCCCCGGUCCCUCUUCCUGCCUCUCACCAAGCCCUUCCUUCUGAGCCAGGGUCCUGGGGCUCGGGGAGUCUUCCUGCUCUUGGUGGGGGGUCAGUUGGAGGGCUCUGAGCAUCCAUUACUCCUAUGCCUGCUGGAGUGGCCUUGGGGUGUGGCAGGGGUGGCCUGGGUCUGGCAGCUGGACUGGAGGCAGGACCAGGGAGAGAUGCUCAACCUUGUGUGGGGACCGGGCUAGGCUGGGCUGUCAUCUCCUGCCGGUUGGGGGAGGGCUCUGUGAAGUUCCCGAAGAGUCCCCCGUGGGGACCAAAAUACUAGUAAGUUCCUCUCAUGGCUCCAACUCCUGGCUCUGGUCUGGAGAGAGAGGAGGGGGGUUGGCCGAGCCUGGGAUGGCUCCAGGGCGCCCUCUCGCGGGGCCCGGAGGAACAGCACCCUUGCUCCUGAAGUGGCCCAUGCCCGGAGCCCACUCGGUGCCUUUGCAAGAGGCCGAACCCCACCCCACAGCGGAGCGCACGGCCGGUCCCGGUGCCACAUCGCGGGACAAUGUGAACACGGACUCGAAGGCAUGGUCCUUUUUUUGUAGUUUUUAAAAUGUGCCGUUGUUGUCAAAAAAAGGAAAAGGAGAAAAGAAAAGCACACAAAUAAAACACCUGUCAGAGGCUUGAGAGAGGGGUCCCUGCCUUGGCCUUGUUCCUCAUAUCGCUUACGAGAUAAAUGGCAUUGCUGA